UACAUUUUGUAGCGAUUCUCCAUCUGGGAUUUCUCCGUAAAGACGUCAUCCAAUCCUCCAACCUCAGCUCACACUACCGUCAGGGCGCUUCGGUCGCCUUGGUUGUGUGUGGGCAGCGUGUAGGCAGUUCGUUAUAGCAAAGAUACACGCAGUUUCCGACCUCAAUUCAUAAGAAAAGCUGGUCAUUUCAGAACUAAGGCAAUUUCAGACCAUGUCGGACACAGAGCCGAAAUCAGCUCAGGAUCUAACCGUCGUGGUGCAGAGCUUACUGCAGCAAAUGCAGGACAAGUUCCAAACCAUGUCAGACCAGAUUAUUGGAAGAAUUGACGAUAUGAGUACGAGAAUUGACGACCUGGAGAAGAACAUAUCAGAUCUGAUGACUCAGGCAGGGGUGGAGGAUUUUGAGGGGGAGAACAAAAUCACCGAUGCAUCAGGAACAGCUUGAUGAAGGCAACGGCCAGAUGAUCUAAUAAUGCAUGAGAUGCAGUACUGGUACUGGAAGAAUCUAUGUAUGUAUUGGGUGCCCUGCUGUCAGUAUCUUGUGAUAAAAUUGGACUGUAAUGUAUGAUGCCAUAGAUGUUCUGUGUACCCCGGACGUUUUUCCUAACCUUUGUUCUUAUGCUGAUUGUAUUUUGAUUGUAACGUAUCUUGGCCUCACACUGCAUAAUUUAUUGCUGCACUUCCUUAAACAACAAAAAAAAACAGAACAGGUUUGGUGUAAGCCUAAAGUACUGUGACUUAACACUCAGUUCCCAGCAUAUUUAAUGGUGCUGUUAAUGAGAGCUUUUUUUAA